CAGCAGUGAAUUGUGGGUAAUAUAUUUCGGCGAAGUCCGAUUCGAUGCGGGCUUCGCCGAAGGGCGGAUGUGGGGCACAAAGGGGACGGGACCCAUCAACGGGAACGCGCAAUUCAGGGACACAAGGGUGGAAGUGGCUCGUUGCAUGAUGUGGCUGCACAACUUCCGCUAAUCGGAAGUUGUGAGGGCGAGUACUUCUUGUUCGGUUGUUCACCACCUAAAGCAAUGGCGCUGUACUACACCCGCUGCCUUCAGGACCUCCCAAAAGUUUCAGUCAACGAUGUUCUCCGCUUGAUUCGAGCCUUAUCAUCAGCGCCACGUUGCAAAAAAGAAAAGGGCUUCAAGUUUUACGUGUCGAAUUACAUUGACAACUGUGAAGUGUCCAACAAAGACUCAUCAGGGAGAGUGAGCAUCAGGGCGGUCUGUUACAGAUCCAUGCGAAAGAACGAUAAGCCUCAUGAACUCAAGAAUGAAGUUUGAAGACUGCUAUCCUGUACAAAUCGCCGAAGUGGAGUGUUCCUGUGCAGCUGGUACUGUGUUGUGCAAUCACAGUGUUGCACUACUGUACCAGACCGCACACUACUCUGCUCUGAAUUUGACUGCUGUGCCGCCUAUACUAAGCUGUACUGAAUAGGAACAGAGCUGGCACAAACCAAGGACCAUGGGUGUGAAACCAGGACGUGUACAUGGUUUUUGUCUCUGCAAGACCAAAACAGCGCACAGUUGGAAAUGGAGUAAGGAGCAAAAGUUAUAAGGUAGUGCGGGGAGACAUGCCGGAACCUGAUGUCCUCAGAGUGGCAGAGGUUUACCAGGACUUUGCAGCAGACCUUGCUCCUCUGAUUACCACCAUGGCCAUCAGUGCUGAUGUCCCAUUAGUUGACUCAGCCUUUGGAAAAGUCCAGGAAGGCAGUCCUAUCGCUUUCCAGCAUCCACUACCAGUCAGCCGAAUUAUCACUCGCCACGUGGAUGCUCCUCCUCCACCGCCGUUGGACAACUACCACCUUGAGCCCACCUCUGUCCAGUUUGUCUGCACCCACCAGCAGCAACUAGAACUGGAGUGUCUUGCAACAACGCUGGAACAGUACCGACAAAUUGAAAUUGCCACCAGGGAGCAGAGCACAACAGCUGAAUGGCAUAAUGUCAGGAAACCCCGAAUAACUUCCUCUCGGUUCCGGGAAGUGUGUCAUGUAAAAGGGUCCAGUUCUGCUCUGAGUUUAGCGCAGCGAAUCAAGAAGGGAAUAGCAGCCAUGGCAGCUAUGAAGAGAGGUCUUGUACUAGAACCAUUGGCUAUUCAACAAUACACCAGAAUCAAGAACACCAACUAUUGGCCUUGCGGCUUUGUCAUUCAUCCCGAUGCUCCAUGGUUUAUUGGAGAUCAAAUUUCCCAAUGCUAAAAGUUAUGUUGAUUGUAAGUACUUAAGAAAAUGUAAUGGCACAAUGAAACUUUUGUCAAGUCACUGUUACUACUGGCAGGUGCAGGGGCAGCUCCUAAUCACAGGCAUGGAGUGGUGUGAUUUUGUAGUCUAUGCAGAGGAUGACAUUCUUGUCCAACGUAUUUAUAGGGACCUUAGUGUGUGUCAGACAAUCAGAGAAAAGGUUGAUCAUUUCUUCUUUCAUGUUUACUUUUCCAGUACAUUGAUUAUUUUGUAUCAGCACGUAGAUGCCCCUCCUCCACCGCCAUUGCAUCAACAUCAAUCAUCCCAUGAAUUGUUUUGUUCCAACAGUAUUUUAUUAAUGGUACUCUUUUCAACUGUUUCCCACUUGUUAAUUGAGAAGUGUUUGGAGUUUUAAAGAGCCAAUGUUUUGAAAAGCUCUUAUAAACAUUUCUUAUUCAAAAUGCAAGUUUAAAUGUAAAGAGAUCAAAGAAAAUAAACUGAUAUGCAUAUAAAUGCUAAGUCUUCACAGCAUGUUCUCAUUGAAAGGAUGGAAACAUAGUUUUGCAAAGUAUUUUAAUUGAACAUAUCACCUGAAGAAGCCUAUUUAACAGUUUGAGAAACAAAAUUAACCAACACCCACAUUUAUCUUUUUGCCAUCGCAUCUAAAUCUAUACCUUUUCAUUAAACAUCUGAGAAUUUAA